UCGCGGUUUUCAAUAAGACAAGAUUCCAUUAUGAAUAACCGUCUCAUUUAUUUAUGGAUUACAUAACAGUGAAAUUAAUUAUUAAUACAGUUAAACAAUAAAAUGCAUUUACAUAGAAGUACGAAUUAAGCAACAGUUGAAUUGGGCAGUUAAUGGUGGUCACGCUUUUUCAUGCUGCAUUGUUCGUUGCUUACUCGUCAAUUCCCUCUUCUUCUUCUUAUUCUCUCUCCGCUUUCUUCUUCCAUUCAACCAAGCACAAGCUGUUCGACGAAAUGCCUGAACGAUGCUAUCCUUCACAGCUCACACCCAAAUCCCAAGCUCAAACCUUCGCUUAUCUUUCUUCAAGGUCAGUCUCGUCCCCGCUCUAAUUCCCGCGUGGAAGUUCAAGAAUCGGGACAACAAGUGUCAGAAAUCGUUAAAUUUGAGUUUCCGGUUGAAUGAAGAGAGGCGGGCGCUCCAAUUAGAGAUAAAUCUCGAUAGGUCUUUGCGUUGCGGAUGCCAUAAGGACGUGGAGUUGGAGGCGGAGAUAAUGAAUUUCAUGGCGCAGUCGGAGAAACCAUCGAUGUUCCCAACGAAGGAGGAGUUGGUGAGAGCUGGGAGAUUUGAUUUGGUGAUAGCUGUAAAGAAGAGAGGCGGGUGGUAUUCUUUUGGUUGGGACGUCGAAAAUGUGGAGGAAACAACGGGUUCUGAUAUUGCCGAGUUCCAGAGGAGAAUUGAGAGUUGUAAACAGAGUGGUUCCUCUGAUGAGGGUAUCGUAAGGUCUAGUCCUCAAAAUUUGGAUUCGCUUCAGCUGGCUGCUUCAUCUUCAUUGGAUUCAUGUUCAUCACAACAACUUGCUGCUGAUGAAGACUCUGGGAUCGAUGGUAUAUUGAGUAGAUUGGAGAAGCAAAGGAACAGUAAUUUCUCGGGAAAGUUAGGGAGAAAUGGAUAUGAAGCUCAAUCCAAAAGUAAAGAUGAGAGAGAUGACGGGCAUUAUGAUACCCCCUUAGGUUUCGGCGGGACUGAUCUUGAAGAAAACAGCAGACUAAUGCCUUCUUACCACCCCAAUGGCAUGUUGGAUUCACCUCGUGACAACAUUGAACAUUCUACUGAACCAGAAACUUGGAGAAGUUGGAUGAACAGACGUGCAGGGUUCUCACUUGCCGAGUUUGAAGCUGCAGAGAUUUCUUUGAAAAAAACUCCUGUUGAUACUAAUAAAGAGAGCUAUCAUGAUGGAAUAACUGUAACCACUAAGGAAUAUGCUGAAGAUUUGGACAAAGAGAUCAUCAAUUACAAUGAAAUACGAACUCGUCUUCGGCAUCUAGAAUCUGAGCUCACAACAACUCUUUGCUCCAUUAGAUCUAAACGGGAGGAUAGUAUUUCAGAAGAGGUAACUGGAAGCUCGACCGAAUUGCAGUCUCUUUCUGAUGCAGUGGAGUUCCAAGAGAAUGAAGUCAUGAGUGCAAAGCAGCAACUAAGAUCACUAAGGGCAAAGUUGGCUGUAGUAGAGGGGAAAAUGACAUUAGCGAUAAUUGAAGCGCAAAAAAAAGUAGAAGUGAAGCAUAAAAAGAAAGAUGUUUCCCGUAAAUGUUUGCAACUUCUUCGGACCACCAGCAUAGUGUGGCCUAAUUCCGCCGCAGAGGUUCUCUUGGCAGGUUCUUUUGAUGGAUGGAAAACUCAGAGAAGGAUGAGAAGAUCAAAGUCUGGCGUGUUUUCGAUAACCUUGAAGCUGUAUCCUGGCAGAUACGAGAUCAAAUUCAUACUCAAAAAGUGUUCCAUUAUCUUGCAGAUCAAAUUCAUAGUUAAUGGACAAUGGAAACUCGAUCCUCUGCGCCCUACUGUUAACAACAAUGGACAUCAAAACAACCUUUUCAUUGUUACAUGAAUCUGUACAGGAUUUGUUUGCUGUUACAAGUAGAAUGAUACACCAAAAAGCUGGUGUACAGCUUGCUAUAGUGUCAUGUAGGAAAUUCAUAUCGAUUUUUUCUAGACAUUCACCAUGAAAGAUUUUGUUGGGGAUCUUAUCUUCGCAUUGUCUGCUUAUGCACAUAACAAUACUAGAAUCUUUAAUUUUUCAUAGUAAUGUUGCAUAUUCAUUUCUA